GCCUAGUGCUUCUUGGUUGCUUGGUGGGAGCUGACUUCGCCGCCGCCGCCGCCGCCCGCCGCCUGCCUCGCUGUCUCGGGCGCCGCAGAGGGGGACGCGAGCGCGCCGCCCCGUUCAGGAGCAGCGCUGGACCUGUAGACCCUGCAGGAUGUUUCGUGUUCGUUUUCUCCCUGCUGUGGCUGGUUUAGCUGCCAUUUCUAGACGCCGCUAUGGAACAGCCCAUUCUCUCCGUAGCCAUCGUAGGCUAAUGAUGGUGGCUUUUGCUGGAGCAGCAGCUACAACAGCAAGCGCCGGACUACUCUGGAAAAGAGCCCACGCAGAAGCAUCAUCAUCUGUAAAACAUGAUAUAAGAGCAGAGCCUGGUGAGAAAACAAAGAACAGAGAUGAAGUUGUGAAUGAAGAGAGUGAUGACAGAAAAGCUGUAGAGUCAAGUGAUGAAGAUGUUCCAACAGAAGGAAAGAAGAAGAAGCAGCGGUCUGGAUUUCGGGAUCGUAAAGUGAUGGAGUACGAGAACAGGAUCCGAGCUUAUUCCACUCCAGAUAAAAUCUUUCGAUAUUUUGCCACAUUGAAAGUAAUAAAUGAGCAUGGAGAAUCAGAAGUGUUUAUGACCCCACAAGAUUUUGUGCGAUCUAUAACACCAAAUGAAAAGCAACCGGAAAAUUUAGGCCUUGAUCAGUUUGUGGUGAAGCGCUACGAUGGGAAGACAGAGAGAAUCUCCCAGGAACGCGAGAAGUUUGCUGAUGAAGACAGCAUAUUUUACGCACUUGGAGAAUGUGGCUUGAUCUCCUUUUCUGACUACAUCUUCCUCACUACAGUCCUUUCUACUCCUCAGAGGAACUUUGAAAUUGCUUUCAAGAUGUUUGAUCUAAAUGGUGAUGGAGAAGUGGAUAUGGAAGAAUUUGAACAGGUUCAGAGCAUCAUUCGCUCCCAGACUAGCAUGGGAAUGCGCCAUAGAGACCGUUCGACUACAGGGAACACCUUGAAGACAGGCUUCAACUCUGCAUUGACCACUUACUUUUUUGGGGCUGAUUUGAAGGGAAAACUGACUAUCUCUCACUUCUUGGAGUUCCAGCGCAAACUUCAGCAUGACAUUCUCAAGCUUGAGUUUGAAAGGCAUGAUCCUGUAAAUGGCCGGAUCACGGAACGUCAGUUUGGCAGCAUGCUAUUGGCUUACAGUGGAGUGCAAUCUAAGAAGCUCACUCUUAUGCUAAAACAGCUCAAGAAGCAUUUUCAGGAUGGAGAAGGGCUGACGUUUGAGGAGGUAGAGAACUUCUUCACUUUCUUGAAAAAUAUAAAUGACGUGGAUACAGCAUUAAGUUUUUAUCACAUGGCCGGAGCAUCUCUUGAUAAAGACACUAUGCAGCAGGUAGCCAAGACAGUGGCGAAAGUGGAGCUGUCGGACCACGUGUGUGAUGUGGUGUUUGCCCUUUUUGACUGCGACGGCAAUGGAGAACUGAGCAACAAGGAGUUUGUGGCCAUUAUGAAGCAAAGGCUUAUGAGGGGCCUAGAGAAGCCCAAAGACAUGGGGUUUACACGACUCAUGAGGGCCAUGUGGAAAUGUGCACAGGAGACUGCUUGGGAUUUCGCCAUGCCCAAAUAAUACCUCCAGACCAGAAGAGAAAGCCCGGCUUCAAUGCGCAGAUGAGGAUCUUGGAUUCUGCUGUGGCCAUCAUUUCAGAUGCUCCGCUAAUGAAGGCCUUGUCCGAUGGGAUGAUCACAGGCAAUUGCUGGACUGAAAAACAAGCUCUGGAAGGCAAACGAUGUUAACCACAAAUUUUCCUUUAAAAUACUUAUGCAGAAAUUCAAGCACAUUCUGCCUCUGAACAGCUGUUUCCCUCGCAUAUGCAUUCAGAUGCACGCAUUUCCCCUAUUUUCGUCUCAGUUUCUCCUUUUUAACUUUCAGGAAGGAAACAAAGCAACCCACCAGAAUAUUUAACCUGGGAUGUUGCGGCUGUUGCUUCUGUCUCCCCCUUAAAUUGGCCGAGCGUGGACAUUCCAAAGAACGGCCUUGCUUGUACCAGCAGUGACAAGAAUUUUAAAUACUGUUGGGUAAGGAGGUUCAUCAGAUGCUCCCAGCACUUCCUCUUGUCCUGCUCUUGAAGUUUACUUGAAGUUUCUAAAGUGUAGGGCCAAACAUCAAAAUGUGUACUGUUCUUUAAGUUGGCCAUCGGCUUCCAAACAAAGGAUGGCCAGGGGAAAGGGUGGGGGUGAGUGAAAUGAUUCUGAGCAAGCUUGUUUCUGCACAAAUGCCUGCUUGCUUGCAACAAGUGGCAUCUGCUCCAUCAUACCCAAGAUUGGGAAGGUAUAAAUAGGCAAGAUGGUUGAACAUUUGAAGUAUUUUGCACUUUCUCCUACCACCCCUUCCUUGGGAUCCCUGACUUGUACAUGUGAUCCAAUGUAUAUCCUCUGAUCUGUGAUUUUUCCUCUUAAUGAGAACGUUAGCUCAUCAUGAUUUGUUCUCCCAUAUAGUCUGAACGCUGCCCUUUACAGAGCUCCAGAGCGCUUGUAAAAUAUUACUUCAAUUAUAAUGGUUCCCGACAAAAAGCAAACGUUCCUAUGUCAUCUUUCUCUUUUUGGGAAGUCUCAUGAAUUUAACCAGGUUUGACUUUCUGUUGGCAGCAGGUCCAUAAAAUUCAGUCAUCUUGCCGCCAAAUGGAAAAGGGGAGGAGGGCAAUUUGGGAAUGUGCCGGCUCUCCCAUUACUGCUUCAGAAAGAGAGGAGAUGACGAGAUUGCGUUCAGAUGUGAGCAUGCCCAAAUGCUAAGUAUUUUAUUUGUUUUUCUAAGUAAUAAAAUGUUAGUAUUUUUGUUUUAAUUUGAUUACUUUUAUUUGAAAUAAAAUUCCUGUUAUUGCUGCCAUUAA